AUGAUUUCACUCGGACCUUUCAUCCUCAUCGCAGGAAUCUCAGUCGUUAUCCUCCUAUGCUGGGCAUGGCUUCCUCUCUUCGCCAUAGCCAAGCUCUUUAGGUUGGGCAGCCACCGGAAUCGAGACACAGCCCUGCUUCCUGUGCGCGCCGCGGCAAACGACGUCCGCUACCGUGCCGAAGGCUUCGUCCCGCCGUCCCGGGUGCUGCGGCGCGACCCGCUAGCCUUCAACCCGGAGGUGCGCCACCACAACUACCUCAAGGCCGACCCGCGCACCAUGCGCUUCCAGAAUCGCGAGGCCAAGGAUGCUUACGAUGCCACGUUCAGGCUGGCCCGCAGGAAGAGCGGCGAUGCGUUCGAGCGCCAGGGCGUGUAUGGCUCCAGGCCGCGCCCGCGCUCCCGCGAGCCGAGGAGGCAAGCGACUGACUCUGCAAACCCGGGAGAUGAGAUCGGUAUUCAAAGGCCGGAGUCUACACAUAGUCGGGAUCGGGUGCAUGAGUAG